ACCAAUCUAAUCUAGCCGUUAAUUUAGCAGGGGUAAGAUCGUAAGAUCGGGUUUGAGCCCUGCCGCUAAUCACCGCCCUGCUAACCAAUCACUUGGUCUCUUCCUUCUGCUUCUGUUUCUUCUCUUCGUUCGCAUCUGCCGCUGUCGCAAGUAGAUCGAGACCGUAGUGGCUGCCGUCGCUGUCUUCCCUCACCCGCCAUCGCAGAGAGCCGCCGCGGCCGCCGGCGCAUCGAGGGUUCCGGCCAUCGCAUCGAGCCCCCGCGGCCGCCGUCGCAUCGAGGGUUCCGGCCGUCGCAUCGAGCCGCCGCGGCCGCCGUCGCAUCGAGGGUUCCGGCCGUCGCCGCCGCCACCCGGCGUCGCAUACAACUCGCCGCCUCUAGCACGGCACAUCGGCCGUCGCCUCCACCCAGCCCCAUUGGCUGUCGCAUCCAACCGGAAGACGCCAGCAUCGCUGGGACAACUGUGGAACAUUGACGCCGCCGCCCUAGCUGUCAGUACGCCCUCAACCGCAGGUUUACUGUGUUGUGUGCAAUGGAAGGCGGUGGUAGCAGUAUUGAGGAGCAGGAAGAGUAUGCUACGAUAAUAGGCAUGAAAUUUCCUAGUGAGUUGCAUGGUUUUCAGUUCUACAAUAAGUAUGCUAGAGAGAGAGGUUUUAGUGUAAGGAAGGAUUACUGCAGGCGUGAUCGUUUUAGUGGGAUAAUAAUUCAUCGUAGAUUCACAUGCUCAAGGGAAGGAUUUAGAAAGGAGUUAUAUAUGGAUGUUUCCAACAGAAGUAGGGAGCCACAGGCACUAACUCGUUGUGGUUGCAAAGCUCAGUUUGAGAUUAAACUAUAUCAGAAAGAAGGUAACUGGUAUGUCGUUAGGUUUGUGUCGAAGCAUAACCAUCCGUUGUGUAAAGGUGAUCAAGUGCCAUUUCUCCGCUCACAUCGUAGAAUAACUCCUGCAGAACAGGCUAAGAUGGUAGAAUUGAGAGAUGUAGGUUUGCAUCAGCAUCAAGUGAUGGAUAUAAUGGAGAGAGACCAUGGUGGUUAUGAGGGUACUGGUUUUACUUCUAGGGAUAUGUACAAUUUUUUUGUGAAGCUGAAAAAGAAACGGAUUAAAGGUGGAGAUGCUGACCAUGUUCUUAAGUACAUGCAAGCACGGCAGAAGGAUGAUAUGGAGUUCUAUUAUGAUUACGAGAUAGACCAAGCAGGAUGCUUGAAGAGGCUAUUUUGGUCGGACCCGCAAUCAAGGAUAGAUUAUGAUGCAUUUGGUGAUGUUGUUGUGUUUGAUAGCACAUAUCGUGUAAACAAAUACAAUCUCCCCUUCAUUCCUUUUGUUGGGGUCAAUCACCAUGGGUCAACUGUGAUAUUUGCAUGUGCUGUAGUUUCAGAUGAAAGGGUUGAGACAUAUGAAUGGGUCCUACGCCAGUUUUUAACUUGUAUGUGUCAGAAACAUCCCAAGUCUGUGAUCACUGAUGGAGACAAUGCAAUGCGUCGGGCAAUCCUACAUGUGUUUCCCAAUUCUGACCAUAGGUUGUGCACCUGGCAUAUUGAGCAAAAUAUGGCACGGAACCUUAGUCCAGCCAUGCUUUCAGAUUUUAGAACACUUGUGCAUAGUGAGUUUGAUGAAGAUGAGUUUGAAAGAAAGUGGGUAGAGUUUAAGAUUAAGCAUAAGGUAUCGGACGACAAUAAGUGGUUGAAGAGGAUGUAUAAUUUAAGGAAAAAGUGGGCAGCAACAUACACUAAAGGGAGGGUUUUUCUCAGCAUGAAGAGCAAUCAACGCAGUGAAAGCUUGAACUCAAAACUUCAUAGGUUGUUGGAUCGUAAGAUGAGCCUAGUUAUUUUGGUGGAGCAUUAUGAACAUUGUUUGUCGCGUAUCCAUCACCAAGAGGCAGAGUUGGAUGCAAAGGCUUCACAAUCAGGUACCAUUUACUGCUAAUGAAGCUACACUAAUUGAGAAGGAUGCAGCACGUGUGUUCACGCCUAAAAUUUUCAAAAAGGUGAAGGUUGAGAUAUACAUGGGCAUCAAUUGAGAGGUAAUAGAUACCAUCGAAGAGGACCAAUGUGUAAGGUAUGUAUUGCAUUUGAUUGGAAAAGAUAAAAUUGUCAUUGUGACCUGCAUGUUUGAGGAAGCAUUACUGUGUAGCAUGGCCUGUCCUUGCCGGAAAAUGGAGUGUCAGUACAUACCAUGUCAUCACAUAUUUGCAGUUUUGAGUUAUUUACAGUUAGAGGCCAUACCAAGCUUCUGCAUAGCACGACGGUGGACAAUGCAAGCAAAAUCUGCAUUUCCUUCAGAUAGGUAUGGUGAAGUUUACACAUGGUCAGACCAGAUGGAACGCUAUCGUCAACUACGAACAGUGGCUAGUGAAGCUUUUUUCCGAUGUUCCAUGACAGAAGAAAGUACACUGAAGGUGAUGAAAAUGCUAGAUAAUUUGAUGCUUGAAGAUGACUGUAGUGCAAAUUGUGACAACUUUGAGAUUCAGUUUGGUCAUGUGGUUCGUCAAAGUAUGCGCACUGACAUUGAAAGUAGUGAGAAAGUGCUUGAUCCAGAACUAGUUGUCCCUAAAGGAGCUCCUACAAAGAGAAUGAGAGGUUUCUUGGAGAAACGCAAGAGGAAAUGUGGGUUUUGUCGUUUGACGGGACAUACAAUAAGAACUUGCCCUGUUUACCUAAGGCAAGUUGUCCUAUUUGUUAUUAACCUCUUCAUAAAGCUAAUAUUGUUUUAUUCACUGAAAUUGUAAUGUUACUUUGAACAUAGUACUUUCAGUCCACGAAGACAUAAGACGUCUUGAGUCUGAACAUGGCAAACUACAUGAAGCGUCUACAUCUCAAGUUACCAAUAGGAUUUAGGG